CGAAGUUUGACUCCAGCAGGGCAGGCCAGGUCACAGCCAGCGCUGCAAGGAGAAAGUAUUCAGGAGCCGUUAGCUGUUCCCCUUCCAAUACCGGCCACCCAUCACCACCUUCCCCUCCCAUUCCCCCGCGCACUCACCACCACCACCACCACCACCACCUAAUCCGCUUUCCUCUCCGCCUCUCCGCGCACCUGACCUCCUCCUCGACCCGAUGGCCGCCACCCCGCCGUCGUCGCGGGACCCGUCGCCGCAGCCCCGGCGGCCGUCCUCCUCCGCGGAGGCCAGGCGCGGGGGCCUCCUGCUCGGGCGCUACGAGCUGGGCCGCCUCCUCGGCCACGGCACCUUCGCCAAGGUCUACCACGCCCGCCACGCCGGCACCGGCGAGACCGUCGCCAUCAAGGUGCUCGACAAGGAGAAGGCCCUCCGCCACGGCCUCGUCCCGCACAUCAAGCGCGAGAUUGCCAUCCUCCGCCGCGUGCGCCACCCGAACAUCGUGCGCCUCUUCGAGGUCAUGGCCACCAAGUCCAAGAUCUACUUCGUCAUGGAGCUCGUCCGCGGCGGGGAGCUCUUCGCGCGCGUCGCCAAGGGCCGCCUCAAGGAGGACACCGCGCGCAGAUACUUCCAGCAGCUCAUCUCCGCCGUGGGGUUCUGCCACGCCCGGGGCGUCUUCCACCGCGACCUCAAACCCGAGAACCUCCUCGUUGACGAGCGCGGCGACCUCAAGGUCUCCGAUUUCGGCCUCUCGGCCGUUGCCGACCAGUUCCAUCCUGACGGGCUCCUCCACACCUUCUGCGGCACGCCCUCCUACGUCGCACCGGAGGUGCUCGCGCGCCGCGGCUACGACGGCGCCAAGGCAGACAUAUGGUCAUGCGGUGUCAUCCUGUUCGUGCUCAUGGCGGGCUACCUUCCUUUCCAUGAUCAGAACCUCAUGGCAAUGUACCGAAAGAUUUACAGGGGGGAGUUUCGGUGCCCGAGGUGGUUCUCCAAGGAUCUUACCAGUCUAUUGAAUCGUCUCCUUGACACAAACCCAGAGACGAGGAUCACCGUGGCUGAGAUCAUGGAUAGCAGGUGGUUUCAGAAGGGUUUCCGGCCGGUCAGGUUCUAUAUUGAGGAUGACCAGAUGCACAGCUUGGCAGAUGGUGAGAACGAGAUGUCGGAGCUGGGGACUAGUGAGCCUCCACCUCCACCUCCACCGCCACCACCACAGCAAGAUGACGAUUGUGAGGAGUCUGGGUGGGAAUCAGACUCUUCUGUAGCAUCCUGUCCAGCCACAUUGUCAUCAGAGGAGAGGAGACGGCCCGUUGGAUCUCUCACACGGCCUGUAAGUCUAAACGCGUUUGAUAUCAUAUCGUUCUCAAGGGGGUUCAAUCUGUCGGGGUUAUUUGAGGAGCGAGGCAACGAAGUGAGGUUUGUCUCAGCACAGCCCAUGCAAACGAUUAUUACAAAAUUGGAGGAGAUUGCAAAGGUGAAGAGCUUCUCAGUUCGGCGAAAGGACUGGCGGGUGAGCCUGGAAGGCACGAGGGAAAGCGAGAAGGGUCCGUUGACAAUCGGGGCUGAGAUAUUUGAGCUCACACCGAGCCUUGUGGUGGUGGAGGUGAAGAAGAAGGCAGGGGACAAGGAAGAGUAUGAGGAGUUCUGCGAGAGGGAGUUGAAACCUGGGAUGCAGCAUCUCGUGCACCAUACGGCCACGGUUCCAGAUAUACCUUCUGAUACUGAGUAGCUUGAAAGAAAUGUUGAAAUUCCCCUACUCACUCAAGACAGCUGCUGGUGCAUAUGGAGACAAAAUUAAGUUUCCCAAAUGCUGAUGUUUUUCGAGAAGCUCCAUAUGCCAGAGAAAACCAGCUCAGUGGGAGGCUUCAUUUUCGCCCACCAUUCAUUGCAUUUUAUGUAAUGCACUACCAAAAGUCAAGCCAUCUGUUACUUUAGAUACUUGCUGAGGACUCAACAAUGUUGUCACAGACUGCAAGCACGGGCAAAUGCACAAAACACAAGCAUGUGCCAACUGCCAAGUCAAGUGCAUAUGCCAGUACAUCAUUGAAGUUAUUGUUUUUCUGAAUCCUACUUUAUGCUGAUUUGAAGCAGACCAAUGUGUGGUGUUAUUUGUAUUCUACAGGAGUAAAGGCUUAUAUUGCUUAAACAAGUUGUGCCUCAGCUUGAACCUAACGACGUCUUUUGCCUCAACGCCUCGUUACAUUUACUGACCUAUGGUUGCUUACUCCAGAAACCAGCUGACAUAAUCAUUCAAUAGUAGGUGAACUCCAUGGUAUUUGGAGUUUUAUUUUCUUGAACAUGUUCUGUAUAGUUAGUUGAGGCUUAUCUGUUGUAAAUUCUUCUCCCACUUCAUGCAUAUUGACUAGAGUUCUUACUUUGAUAGCGAAUGAGAAAUGUAUAAACUACUAGAAUUGUUUGGUAGGCUACCAGACUCAGCUAGACUCAGCUAGAUAUGAAGAUAAGCUGAAAUGACAAGAAGCAGCUGAUUUGGUCUUUAUAGACCAGCUUAAUUGACCCUUUCUUGCUGUUUGCAGGUCUUGAACGGUUUCAAGGUUCAUUGUUCAGUUUUCUGGAGCAGUUUUCUUGCUGUCUGCUGUCUGUAGAAUUUUCAGAGCCUAGAAUGGUACCGGCAAUGUGCUGGCUGCUGCUAGGAAGAACUUCGUCUGAAACAAAUGACAUGGCCUAUUUCUGCGUCGUGAGAUUCUUCUUUUGAGGAAAGCCUAACAAUCUUGUGCCCCAGCUAGAUUAUGGUUGAUUAAAAUUGGGGGAAAAGGGGGUAAGAUUAUUGUUGUAUAGCUGUGUUGAAACAAAAGUUUUUUGUUGUAUAGACGGCUCAAUAGAAAAUGUUCUAACAUAUUUCAGUUUGGUGCAAAUAAUGGUCUAUUUGUUGCAUAAUCAGAUACCUGAUGGUUGUUAUCCGGUCCUUUCGUCUGGGCGAUCUUUUUAUAAUUGCAUUAUAAUUCGCUUUC